CAGAACGCUUUCCUUCCCUCGAUCAAUUGAAAUGGCAGACGGUGACUUUUACCGUCCUGAACAAGCUCAACAACAAGGCGGUGACUUCUACAGACCGAGGUCCCGUUCCCCACGUCGUCGCUCCCGAACUCGAUCCCCUGGACGCGGCAGAUCACGCACUCCUCAGCGCGGAUACUCCCGAAGCCGUUCUCGUGAUAACAGGAGGCGCAGCCCAGACGAACGUAUGGACGAUUACAAUGAUGGUGGAGACUACGGUGCCCCUCAGCGCGAUGAGCAGCCCCGUGGAGGCAGAGAUGAGUUCGUGAAUGAUGUCAAGGCCAACUCCCAACAAGAGAGACGUGUCUACGUCGGUAACUUGGCGUACGAAGUGAAGUGGGAUAACUUGAAGGAUUACAUGCGUCAGGCUGGUGAAGUGAAGUUUGCAGAGGUUUUGACUCUUCCAAAUGGCAUGUCGAAGGUGGGCAAUCUUUCUGGGCGGAGGACUCGCGGAAUUGUCGAAUAUGCUACUCCGGAAGAAGCGCAACAGGCUAUUCAGACUCUCAGCAACAAGGAAUUCAUGGGACGCCUCGUCUUCAUUCGUGAGGACCGUGAGGUCGAACCCCGCUUUGGAGCUGCUUCUCAGGCUCCCCGGGGUGGAUUCGCAGCUGGUGCUGGUGCUGGUGCUGGCGCUGGUGCUGGUGCUGGUCCUCCGAUGGGCGGCCGUCAGCUCUACGUUAGCGGCAUCCCGUUCACCGCCGGCUGGCAAGACUUGAAGGACAUGUUCCGCAGUGCUGGAAAUGUCAUCCGUGCUGAUGUUCACACGUCCUUCGACGGUCGUCCCAAGGGUUCCGGUGUCGUUCUCUUUGAGACCGCCGCUGAUGCCCAGAACGCUAUGCAGAUGUUCAACGGUUAUGACUGGCAGGGCCGUGCCCUUGAUGUCCGCGUCGACCGCUUCGCUGGUGCUCCUCAACGCGGUGGAUUCCAGGGCGGACCUAUGGGCCGUGGAGGAUUCAUGGGUGGACCCAUGGGUGGUCGCGGCGGUUUCAUGGGAGGCCCGAUGGGAGGUCCGAUGGGAGGUCGUGGUGGCUUCAUGGGCGGUCGUGGCGGUUUCCGUGGUGGAUUCGGCGGAGGUUACGGCGGAGGCUUCGGCGGCCGCGGAGGCUUUGCUGGUGGUUACGGUGGUGGUGGAUACGGGGGUGGAUUCGGAGGCGGCCACGGCGGUGCUCCUGGGCACUCUGCUCCUGCUGCCACUCAGCCCCCGAACGAGUUCACUGACGGUGCCACCGGUGGAGGCGAGCCUAGCACUACCAUCUUCGUUCGCAACCUCCCCUGGUCUACCAGCAACGACGAUUUGGUCGAGCUUUUCACCACUAUUGGCAAGGUUGAGCGUGCCGAGAUUCAGUAUGAGCCUUCCGGUCGCUCCAAGGGUACUGGUGUUGUCCAGUUUGACCACCAGGACAGUGCUGGAUUGGCGAUUACCAAGUUCACUGGUUACCAAUACGGUGGCCGUCCUCUUGGACUUUCUUAUGUCCGCUACGUUCCGGUUGGUGGACCCGCUCAGCAGAUGGGUGGGAACAUGGGCGGUGUCAUGGAGAAUGGUAACGGUGUGAACGCUCCCCCUAUGGACAUGGGAGGCGAUAUUGCCAUGGGUCAGGACCAGCAGAUGAUGUGA